AUGAGUCGCAUUCCACCAGCCCUUGCAUAUCUCGUAAUAUAUAACCCAACCCUACAGCCAAAUCCAGAGGAAUUGACAGAUGAUCGUGACGAAGACGAUGUAGCUGAGCAAGCACACGUCUUAUUCUACACAGCUCGGGAACGAGCCGUAUCUCGGGAUCGUAUCCUACGCCAAGUGGGCCUUGCCAAAGCACUGGCGAACUUUGCGGAGAUGUUCACCUCACAAUCUGGAUUCGAUAAUGUUCAUGCCCAAAAGAGUCGACUUGUUAUGGUUUCACCCGAACCUAAUUUUUGGAUUCAUGCUUGCGUAAACCUGGCUAAAACACCCAAAUCAACUACCAAGAACAAUGUUCCUUCAAGCGGUGACCAGUCGGCUGAAUUCGACUAUCACAGCAACUCGCUUAAUGACGAAGUGCUCCGCACACAAUUGCUACAUACGUGCCAGAGUUUUAGGUUACAAUAUGGCGGAUUCGGCCAAAUAAUUCAAGCCGAUGGUGUGCAUUUCCUGGAGCGCCGGCUUGAGUCAUAUUUUACACCCUGGGCCUGGCAAUGGAACGUAGGAGCUACCCCUGAAUUUGGAAGCUAUCUUGGACUAUCCAUUCAUCCACUCAAGAAACAAUUCGCGACCUCAAUAACUGAUUAUGCUCAACAUGUCCCCAAUGUUCCGACACUGGUACUAGCACCACCCCACAUUAUCACGGGCUCUGGAUUACCAUCAAUUUCUCCCCUCCUCCCACUCGCGCGAUUACUGGAGCCGCUGGUGCCACCUCCAGUACCAAGCCCUCAGCCUUCGCCCACCGUUUCGGCUCCAAUUACCACUUCUGCCCAUCUGAACGUGUUGGCGACUAGUGGAAAUGUUGUGACUAAAUACAUAACGAAACCAGCUGCACAAGUAGUAGAUCCUAGGAAUUGGAGUUGGCCAGCCCUGCCAUUCGGAAAGGGCUCGGUGAGGGACAAGGGGAGGGAUCGCGGAAAGCCACCAACAAGUAUCACAGUGGAGACUGGCAAGAAGUCCACGGAACCUUCCAACGAAAGCGUAGCUUCCUUUGAACCAAAUUCCUCGAAGGACCACCUUGGGCUUCCAACUGAUGAAGCUUUAUCGAGAGUCAGUCGUUCUGUGAGCCCUAGCACAAUAGACCACGAAUCUCUUCUAGAUGCACAGUUGGAUAGGAUCACAAGUAAUAAAACUGAUACUCCGGUCGACCCAGCAUUUAUACCACUUCCAAUCGGCUCUGACUCUGAUUUGGUGACUUCUGUUGAUGACUUGAGUGAGGAUAACCAAAGCGCCGGCCGGGGCCCAGCAGCAUCUGACAUGCCUUUCGAGUCCACUCUAUUUACCGAUUCCACCAUGGCUUCCGAUCGGGUGAAUGCGAGCAAUAUUGAAACCGAGGAAACCACCAAGUCUCAGCUUACUAAUGAUGAGCAAGUAUAUCCAUCAAGUGAACCGACGUCGGAAUCCUUACAGGCGACACCCAUAGCGUUAGCUCGAGUUGGACUUCCUUCAGAAGAUAUUGCACCUGCCCCUUCAACCGUAACUCCAACAACAGCUCAAGUCCAGUUUUCAACCCGCACGAAAAUCGAAACAAUAUCUGGGUCUGUUAACGUUUGGCUUGAUUCAUCAGGUGAACGGGUUGGGUCGGAUGCCACCCAGAAGCAACGGGUAGCUUGGAUUGCUAUUCCUGGGAUAUUAAUCGCGAGCGUCAUUGCUGAAGAGGAUAAUAGUGUUUGGGAAAACGCAGCUCAACAGUUGCUGCUGGCUGUUCAUGAAGUCAUUCAAAAGAGGCGACUGACAGCUGCGGAAACUACUCUGAGAGCACUUAAUACGACCAAAGUCGUUGCACAUUAUCCCGCUGCUCAGCUUUCGGGAUCUUCUUCCCUUCCCCAAUUCACAUCUGAAUCACCUCAAUUAUUCACUUCAGCUCGCGCUUUGCAAUUCGCAACAUCCCCUGCGAUCCGGGAAAUCGUUACACAAACCCGGUGGGGUACCUGGUGUGCCGCACGUCAAUCAACAAUUAAAACUCGUGUUUACAUAGAGGUGGAUCGCAAAGAUGCUAAUUUGGUUGAAGUAGAUCACGAGCUGGGAAGUGCUUGUCGAAGAUGGGAGGAGAGCGAUGCUUGA